GAACGCCAGCGCUGCCGCCGCCAUUUUGCGCGCCAGCUCGCCCCUUUCUUCCCGCUUCGCCGUCGCGGCCCCGCUCGAGCGUGAGGGCGAGCCGAUGCACCCGGGGGUGAAGGUGUUCGUGGGCAACGUGCCCGAGGAGACGUCGCAGGUGGAGCUGCGCGACCUGUUCGAGGCGGCCGAGCCGGGCGCGGUGCUGAAAGUGGCCCUCAUGAAGCAGUUCGCCUUCGUCCACAUGCGCGACGAAGCGGCGGCCGACCGCGCCAUCGGCAAGCUCAACGGGCACCUGCUGCACGGGCACCGCGUCGUCGUCGAGCACUCGCGCCCCAGGCCCACCCACACCGUCAAGAUCUUCGUGGGCAACGUCUCGGCCGCCUGCACCAGCGGCGAGCUCCGCGUCCUCUUCCAGGAGUUCGGCUCCGUCGUCGAGUGCGACAUCGUGAAAGCAUUUUUAUCCUGUUCGUCAGCCGAAAAGGCUUCCAGACCAGCUUGUGUGCAGUCAAUAAAAACAAGGAUGUUCCUGCUUCUAGGCUUACAAGACAUGGCGUGGCACGGCACAAAGUUAAAUAAGUUUGGGGAGGGAAGAGGGGGGAAAGUAAGUGGACUUCCAAAUAGUUGUUAGGUCUGGUCUUUGUGAGUCGUCCUGUUUUUGUAAGAGCACAAAAAUGCUUUCCAUGAGGAGAGAAAAGGCCCUUUAGGCAUGUGCAGAGUGCACCUUCCAUGUUGAGCCACUGCAAGAACUACCCUGCAGGGGCAGAAGGAGGCUUUCCCUCGAGCAGAGGGUGGCCGGGCUGCUCUGCCCCACCCCAGCACCAGAGCAUUGAAAGGAAUAGCUGCUGGUCGCUUCAUGUACAUAGAGGAGGAAUUCCUGCUCCAAGACAGGCCUGCCUCCCGCAGCACACCAACUCUGCAGUGGCCCAGCUCUCUGCACUCUGUGCUGGUGGCGCCAGAGACUGGUUGAAUCGGUAGCGAUCAAAAGUGUUGGGUCCUGUCUCUGAUAUACCCGUUGUUGGCGCAAAAGGUUUGCAGUGGUAGAGAACUUGCCAUCUUCCUGCUUGGGUCCACCUUCAGGGAAUACUAUCCUCUUCCUCUAUGUCAGGGUCAGUGAUGCAGGGCUGAAAAGUUGCUGUAACUUCUGUCAAGGGGCACGUCUGUGUCUGCAGGAAUCUUCUGCCAAAUGCGAAUUUGAGGAUUCCUCCUGUAGCGCCGUUGUCUGUUCUCUUGGCCAAGCAGUGGAAUAAUGUAAAGCUCUGGUGCACUCCCACCACCACUGCAGUGAAGACCUGCCUUUCCCAAACAUGACCUGCCAGUGGCUAAUCUCUGUUAGUCGGUUCUGUAGCAAAAGGCUGUAACUGAAUAAGACUUUUGCAAAGUCAUAGGACCCUCUAAAUGAUCCUUAAUUUACAGAUACUUACUCCAGUUUCCUGGUUAAGAGAACAUUUCAGCUUUGAUCCCAAAGUUACCGGUUCGCUGCAUGGGCACAGCGCUCUCCAUCACCCUUCUCUCAUUGCGCUGGGUGAUGUUUAUGAAACAGAUGGUCUGGUCUCUGACACCCCCUAGUCUUAGUGUAGUUGUGCGAUAGUAUAUAAUGGAAUCAGCUGCCUAGAGAGGUGGUGGGCUCUCUCACACUAAAGACAUUCAAAAAGAAACUGGACAGCCAUCUGGCCUUCGUCCAGCUACCCAGUGAGUCAGCUGUGUUCCCAUGUAAGAAUAUAGAUUGCUUUGGUUGGUCAGACCAGCAGUCCAUUGUUAUACAGACAUACUCAUAAGCCAGGAGUCUUCAUUUUGCUUGGCUUUUUGCAGAGAAGCAACAUGUUGGUAAAUGUAUUCUGUUCGCUUCUUUGUCACAUGAGCAGGUAAAAGGAGCCAGGAAAUAAUGUCUGAACCCACAUUUAUGGGUUACUUCUCCUAAGCAAAUCAGGACAGUAUGUCCAUUUUUAGCUAGGGUUUACCAAGAAAGGAGCAAAGUGUAAACAAACAGACUGUGUGGAUGGUCACAUGGUGGUUUAACAGGGUAGAAUUUCUGGCUUUGGUUAAGUGCAAGCUUGAUGAUGGUGACCUCUGCACAGGCAGAAAAAAGUCUACCCUUCAUUUUCCUUGUUUUAUAAGGUAGGUAUAUAUCUACAUCUUUGCCACCGUUGUAUAUGAUCAGUUGUUCCCCUUCACCUGGGAUGUUUGGGGCAGCACAUCCAUUUGUUCAGCUCCCCUCUUUUCCUCCCGAAGAGUUUGUUAGGCCCAGACUGCAAUGGGCAGGGAAUGACUUGCAGCCAUCUUCUAAACUAAGUCAGUUGCUUAGUCACCAGAGCUGUAAGAAAGCUGACCACCAAUCCGCUGUCAUGGGUCCAACCCGUUCUCAAGCAUGUGCGUAAGCGUCCUUUAAGUGAUACAGAUUUGGAACUGUCCAGUCCGUCACUGAACCCAGGGGCCGUGGGGUUCUCUCUCAGCUACCCGGCAAAGUGUGUGUUGUGCAGCUCUCCUCCGCAUUAAGCACAGGCUGUCUGAAUGUCCAUCUUUCAGCCACUUGUUGUCUGACGCACAGACUUCACUUCCUUUCUGCCCGUCAGGAGAAAAUUACACUUGAACGGAACGGAGAGCGGGAGUUGCUAGAACACAUUCCCACGUUGGUGCAGGACAGCUUUGCCAUACAGCGCCUAGUCUGUUCGCCAGACUCCCCUGGAGCAAAAUGUGACUUCCAUUUUGGAAAGCAAUUGCUAAAACGGACAGGAAUGAAAUGAAGCCCAGCGGAAUUCAGUGUUGUUCACACAGCCACCCAGCCAAAGGGGGAUGACUUGUGGGCUCUUUGCUGUUGGCUUAAGGAAGAACAUUUAAUGUGGGCAAAGCAGUUUAAAUUUGGCAGGUACCAGUGGGAAGAAGGCGUUACUAGCAGGGGAAUCUAGAGAUGAAUACUGCAUAGUAUUCACAGCCUGAUCUUCUCUGAAGACGUACUGACCAAAACAUUCCUUCUUUUCCUUGAAAGAAUUGGCAGAAUCAUCAAAUGGUACUGUUUGCAAUUGCCAGUUGAAUAGUCUUUCCACCAAGUCAGUUUUUCCCUGAGGCUGGUAAGCAACUUCUGAAAGAGGCUGGAAUUCUAUGGCCCCGAAGUGGACACCCAGUCCCUCUCCCUGGCUCUCCCCUGUCCCGUAGGCUCGGAUGUUAACCGCCUCGGAGCAGUUGAAAAAUGCUCUUGCGCCUUCUUCUGCAUGUGUUUUAUAGCCACUGGCUUGAAAGACUUGUGUGCUCUCCGGUCACUGAAGGAAAUUGCAGUUGCUUGAGCACUCGAGGCUGAGGUGGGCAGGCAUCCCCUGCAGAGCUUUCCCGAGUCUGCCGUGAAACUCCAGGACCCGGCGUGGCACCGUGCCGUACAGAGCCGUGGACUGUGCAGGCAGCCGCCUCUGUGCCUCCAGUCCUGUCUUGGAGGGGAGGGGAGGGAGGCUUUGUCAGGCUUGCACGGCUGCCUUUCCAGUGAACGGCGUAACCAAGCCUUCGAGCUUUUUUAUACGCACCUUCUGACUGCCUCUUUGCGGUGUACAAUCCAAAGCAAUGGUCUGACUUGUCCCAAGGCAGCCGAAUCCGUCCUGAACCAUAACGUUUGUCCACUCGUGCCUCGUGUAGGCGGGGGCGCUGAGAAGUAAGGUAAACUUGGGAAGCUUCAGUCGAGCCCUUAGGCACCUGUGGCCUACAAUUCCCUGAUCAUUGGCCAUGCUCGUCGGGACUGGGGGGAGUGGAUCCCAACAGCAUCACCAGUUCCCUUCUCCAGUUCUACAGGGUAGCAGAAGCCUAGCCAUAUAGGUCAUGAUGCUUGUGCUUGGACACUGGACAGAAGCAUGAGCUUCUACACCUCAGGAGUCGCUGCUGCUGCUGCUCUCUCUCCUGCCCCCGCCUUCAUCAUUAGAUCAUGCUGGUUUGUUAGCAGUACAUCCGACUGCCAUCCCUUGUUUUCUUUUUUGAGUUAAGCUACCCAGUGCCUCUGAACACUCCCUGAGCUCUGAUCCUGGUAAUUGUUGCCUCUUUUUGUUUACACUUAACAGUCCAUGCUUGACCCAAUUUAAACAUAAUAAAUAAACUCAGAACAGUGGGGAAUCACAGUGGGAAAACUCUGGCUGGUGUUUUGUUGGGCACCCCAUUGUGUGCAAGAAGAGGCCCUGUUUUAUACUGCAGAAAGAAUGAGUGGCUUAUUCAUUCAGCAGUUAACCCUUUUAUUCCAUUGAAAAUAUGCAACCGCAUAAUACUUUUUGAAAUUGCACUGAAGCGGCCAUUGCAGAUCAGAGAAUAUGCCCCCGGUUUGGCAGCUGCUUGUCUAAAAAUGGGGGGGGGGGGUUACAAGUAGCACUGUGACCACUAAGGUGCUUCGCUUUUGGUCUUGUUGGGCUGGAAUCAGAGCAAAGCUUGAAUGUGUCAGAAGUUGUGACCACAUGUGCCUGCGGUUCCAGUACACUUUUAUCCUGUUAGGCCUCUUAAUUUGACUCCAGUAGGUGAAUAGUCUUGGUACCCAAAGGUUCUUGCCCUAUAUCUGCUCUGAAAUGCAAGUCUGGUGUUCUGCUAUAUGGCAUAGAGUCUGAAAAGUUGCUGGCAUGUACUUCAUGCUGGUGGGCUUACAGAAUAAAAAGCUCCCCUCAGCCCUUUUCUACUUCUUGUGGUAACUUGAAAUUCACCUUGGCUAAAGUAGUGAUAAACUUGAGCCACAGCCUCUCCAGAAGAGACUAAAGUGUUUCUAAAACAAUGCCACAAGUAUGUUUGCAAAAAUGUGUACAGCCUGGCAGUGUGGGAGGCCUUUUCCAUAUGCUUGGGCGAAGCAUUAAUAUCCCCACGUGGAAGAGCUGUGUUAGCAGUGUUCUCAUCUUGAGACAAGCUUUCUUAGGAGGGAUCUGUUGAAGUAGAGAGAUGAAGAGGUGCAGAGCCGGUGUGGAACAUCGCGGUUCUCCCUGGGAUUCAUUCUGAGAGGACUGGGGAGCAGGGUAGGAAGCCCAACACUCAGCCCUCCGACCAAGUAGGGCUGGGGGCACCUCGUGCUGCGUGGAAUGCCCAUGACUGUUCCUUUGUGGUGGCUGCUACAGUUGUAGAACUGUAACAUCUUGAGUAACGGGCGGAACAGAGAUUACUAAAAUAAAAUGAAGAAAUAACCCUGCUCCGGCCUGCACGUUCCUGCCACCAGAUAGCGCACGUGUUGCAGGUUCGGCCUUCCUUGGUAUCCGGGCCAGAUCCAAGUAGGCAAGCGUUCCAGUAAUGAAAUGUCAUGUGUGUUCGCUAUUGAUAACCUUCUGUCUGCUGCUUUAUCAGACUAUGCAUUCGUUCACA